AUGUCCAAGCCUCGCAACAUCUCGUCCUCCGCCCCAAGGCGGAACGCAGUGCCUCCCGGUUACAAGGAGGACCCCAGCGCAGGUCCCAUGCUGCGCUUCGAGGCUACUCUCCCUCGGCUCCCCGUCCCACCACUUGCCUCUACUACCGCCAAAUACCUCGAGUCCGUCCAGCCACAUCUCACGCCAGAGCAGUUCUCCAGGACGCAGGCGGCCGUGAAGGCGUUCGCGGACUCGGCGCAGAGCAAGGAGCUGCAGGCGCGCCUCGAGGCGAGGGCGGGCGAGCCGGGCAGGCGGAGCUGGCUGGCGGAGUGGUGGAGCGAGGCCGCGUACAUGGGCUACCGCGACCCGGUCGUGGUGUAUGUGAGCUACUACUACGUGCAUGUGGACGACAAGCAGAGGCCAGGCCAGGCGAGGAGGGCGGCGCAUCUUCUGAAGGCGAUGCUUCCAUUCCGCUACAUGGUCGAGAGCAAACAGCUGGAGCCGGAGAAAAUAAGGGGGACGCCGCUGGCGAUGGAGUCUUACAAGUACCUCUUCCAUUCAAGUCGGUAUCCCGUCAAGCCGUCCGACACGGCACACAAGUUCGACCCGACGACCCACAAUCAUGUCGUCUUCGUGCGGAAGAACAAGUUCUUCAAGGUGCCGCUCGCGGACAAGAGCGGCCGCGAGCUCACGGCAGCAGAGCUUGAGGCUCAGAUUGAGAAGGUCAUCGCCUUGGCUGGCAGCGAGAAGGCAGUACCUGUGGGUGCUCUCACCAGCGAGAACAGGGACACCUGGGCCGACGCGCGUGUGGCGCUUCUUGCAGCGUCACCAUCGAAUGCGGCUGCACUGGAGGAGAUCGAGUCCGCGAUGGUCGUUGUCUGCUUGGAUGACAUCGCGCCGGUAACUCGCGAGGAAGCCAGCUGGUCCUGCUGGGUUGGUGAUGGCAGAAAUCGGUUCUACGACAAGCACCAACUGAUUGUCUUCGAGAACGGGAAGUCUGGCUUCCUCGGCGAGCACUCAUGUAUGGAUGGCACGCCAACUCUUCGCACGAACGAGUUCAUGCUCGCUUCGCUUGCUGCCGGCAAGAUUGACCUUGGACCUGCACGCACGGCGGAGACGGCCAAGGACCUCGAGGCUCCCACGGAGCUCACGUUUGUUCUCGAUGGCAACACGAACCAGUAUAUCAAGGAGGCCGAGAAGAACUUCGACGACCUCGUGGGCAAGCACGACAUGCAUGUGCUGCACUACGAAGGUUACGGCAAGGAAUACAUCAAGAAGUUCAAGGCGUCGCCAGACGCGUGGGCUCAGCUUGUCAAGCAGCUCGCCUUCCAUAAGAUGUACAACCGGCCUGGCGUGUGCUACGAGAGCGCUCAGACGCGCAAGUACCAGCAGGGCCGCACGGAGGUAAUCCGGGCCGCGAGCAACGAGAGCAAGGCGUGGGCGGAAGCCAUGCUGAAUCCCUCGGAAUCGGACGAGAAGCGUGCGGCUCUUUUCCGCAAGGCGGUGGCACGCCACUUGCAGUAUGCAGCGUGGGCGGCGGAUGGCCAGGGCGUGGACCGGCAUCUGUUCGGAUUGAAGAUGAUGCUGAAGGAGGGUGAGGCGACACCGCCGAUCUACACCGACGAGGCAUUUUCCAAGACGAACCACUGGGAGUUGUCAACGUCGAACCUCUCUUCGCCUUUCCUGGACGGCUGGGGCUAUGGUGAAGUCGUGCCCGAUGGAUACGGUUUGUCGUACUCUAUCGGUGACGAGUAUAUCCGCUGGACGAUAACGAGUCUGAAGAGGAGGACGGCUGACCUGAAGCACUACCUUGCUGAGGCGGCAACGGAAACUAGGCAGAUGAUGGAGCGGGCCGCGGCGGCGGAAGCAACCAAGGGCGAUGGUAAGGCGAAGUUGUGA